AAUAACAUUGAAAUGUAACUGCGCAAUCGUAGCCACACAUGUAUUCUAUAAUAUUUAUAAAGAACUGGCGCUGCGUGGAUGUUUCUUGAAAGGGAGAUGGAGAUGUUUGUGAGUGGAUUGCUGACGGCUGCCAUAAGAUAUGGUUAUUACUAAGUUGAAGACAGAAUCUUGCACCCAGAAGCAUUAUAAGGAAGACAAGAUGCAGAGCCUUUGAUGGAAGAAACAGACAAGAAUAACACGACCAAAGGAUCAUCAAUAUUUAUGUGCAAGCCAUUAGCAGCUGCAUUUCCUGCAUUUCCAAUUUCCAAAAGGAUGAGUUUCUGGCGCUCUUCUCACACGCACAAAAGCGCAAGCGGGUCAAGGAUAUUAUGCAUAUGUGAGUGGGAAAGUCGAAACAAAGGCGAGAGAAUGGAUGGGAUGGGAGUCAAUGGAGUGCUUCUGCCGGCUGUGCCAUACCAAAGGAAGAUGCCAUCGUCACCCUCUCUCUCUCAUCAUCAUCAUCAUCAUCAUCUGAGCCGGUAUGGGCAUCUGCAGCAUCAUUGUUGUGUUCCCCACUCGAAAGUCGCACAAAUGAACGCGUAAUUGUUUGCACAUGAAUACAUUGAGUACUGCUGCAUUCUGAGGCAUGCCCCAUCAUCAUCAUUUGCAUGUCGUGGCAUGGACUUGAGCUGCAUUGCCAAGUCAGAGAAGGCAGGCCUUAAUCUGCUUACCUUGCCUUGGUGACAGACAUUUCUUUUCACCUUUUUCAUCUGGAAAGCAUUGCAGAUGCUGCAAACGGUGCGGCUGUGGGUGGGGCUGGGGCACAAGAGCAACUCGGUGGAGGGUGGAGAGUGGAGAGUGUAGAGGAAUCUCGCUGGCAAAGUUGUUGAGUUGCUUCGCAGGUCUUUGCUUUAAUUACGGAAGCCAUGGGGCCAGCUAUGCCAGGCAGACAGCCCGGCAGUCGAGCAGUCGAGAAAUGCAGGCAAAGUGAAUCGCCUGAUGACCCGAGCAACGAGAAACCAACGAGAAAAUACACAAAUAUUCCACAAGUUGUAGCCAAGCCAUGGACCAGGGCUAAAAUGCAUAAUUUAUAUGGGGGAGCAUGCUCAGCAUCACUCUCGCCACAACAUGGCGCUGCAUGGCAGCUAAGGCUAUGAUGUGUCCUCCGAUGAUACCCUGUGACACCUAUCAGUAGGAAGCGAUGAUCUUGAGGAGCAGAAUAAUCCUCGCAGUCACGUCCAUCAGUCAUCCCUUACCCUGUUCAGUUGCUGCUUAAUUCAUCAAGUUGUUACAAAAUUUCGAGAACCCAUAGAUAAUCGAGUGAGCUCGAUCCCAGUCAGACAGGAUCGAAACUCGCAAGCAAUUCAACUUUCCAAACUGAAUAAUUCGGUCUAAAACUGCCCGUUUGGAUGGCAUAGGGCUUCGGUUCGUAAGCCAACUUCAUGUAAUUGAGUGUAAACUUGUCGGAGCAUUUAUUUAAUGCCUAAUCAAGUGAUGUGUAACACAUGACUUAUCCAAUUUCCCUGCUAAACGGAGUUGCUCUCUCUCUCUCGCGCUCACGAUGGAUUAGAUAUAGAGCGAGUGAUAGAUGUAACAAGGAUGAGCAGAGUUGGAAUGUGUUGAAUAUGCUGUGUUAAGCCAAAGUGUUGUGUCAGUUGUAGCUUGUCAAAAGUUGUGUUGUGUUGUCCAAUUAGCAUAAUUUCUUGACUUAAGUUUGGCCUUCAGCCUCGCUUCUUUAGAGAGCCAGUAACACUAUCGGCGACAGUAUCUAAAUUGCCCAAAACUAUUCGGAAUUAACUUAAAGUUUGCCUUAAAUUGUUCUUCAGUUUGGCUGGAAGUUCGAGGAAAACUUAUCCCGUAUGAUGGCAUUUUCCGCUUAUGUGGAUUCUGGCUCAUUAAAGAACGAAUUGUAAUUAUUUCAGAUGUUCCACAGGAGCAGCAAUUAAUCACUUGGAUCUUCCUCGGAUUGGUCGGAUUUGAUGUCUGGAGAAUGCUGGAGAAUGGGUCUGCUCCAGCACGAGGAAAGUGCGUUUCUGCCGCAGGACCCUUUGGGAGUCCCAUUUCCGGUGACAAUCGCAGUCACUACCGAUAUACCAGCUACCGAUGAUGUUGGCACGGGAAGGCGAUGCGCUUCCGAAAGGAAGAGAAAAAUCAACAGCUGGCAAAGAGCGAGCCAGAGCCAAGGUCGUUGCACAGCUCUCUCUCUCUCUCUCACUGUGUCUCUCUCUUCACCACGUGCCGUCAGGCAUUGCGGCGAAGGAGCACGAGACGAUACGACUCGGCACGAGAAAAAACUCACCACUAAACGAGGAGGCGAGGCGCCUCCGUGUUGGGACGCCACUGUCACUGCCACUGCCAUCGCUUCCAUUCAGUUUAACGUCGAACUCUGCUGCUGCCAGUUGCCUGCGCCAACCAGCCACGGAAUCAGCCAGAUUCAGCCAGCCAUUCAGUCUACCAUCUCGAAGCCAUAGCCAUAGCCAACCAGUCAGCCAUUCGAACAAUCGCCGAACAGCGACAGGUCGUGACGUGUGUCCUAGUGCCAAGAGUAGUGUCCCUCACUUUGCGGUGAUUCGUACAGACAGUCGGUCAAGUGUCUCGCAGAUAAUUGUCAUCAUUUUUAGCCCGGAUCGUGAUUGUUUUUGAGCGGAAAAUACACACGGAAUUACUGCUGCUGUCUGCUGCUGCGGCACAAAUAAUAAAUGCCGAUUUGUCUCUUUUGUGCAGAGUGAAAUUAUACGAUUGCUUUUUGUUGUGCUUUUUUUUCGGUGUUUCCUGCCGGCUCAUCCCGCGCCACAGACACCGUGCGUAUGAUUAAUAUUCAAUGAAAAAACUGUCCAUCGAAGCGUGAAAGAAAAUAAAAAUAAUAAAACAGCAAAAGUGUAAACUGAGCGGCAGGAGAUAAGCAACAGCCAUACGAACGACAAUCCAAAACCAAAGCCAAGUCCAAAUCGAAAGAGGGGUAACCAGAGGCAACCCGAAAAGCCAAUCAACCAAAUAGGCUGCGGGCCAAAAGUGUGCUCCAAAGAAGGAACCAAACGCUUUCUGUUUUCCAGCAACUAAAACCGAAGCCAAGCCACAUCCGGAUCAGCCCAAAGCGACAGCACUCUAGAUACUUGUAUCGCUAGAAAGUGUAGAACUUUCGGAAGCCAAAAACCCAUAUAAACCACAGGAUAUCGCCAAAGAGGCAAAAGGGUUUUAAAAUCGCGGCCACCAAAUGCAAGAUGGUUCCGGACCAACCAGUAAAAAUGCAGUCUGGGCCGCCGUUACCUUCGCAAAAAAGUACUAUAGCCGGACAGACUGCGGACAGUUUUGCAACUGUUCCGUCCACGCACUCGUACGGCGGCAUCCCGACUUCGUCCGGCACCAGCUACGUUUCUAUUGGAAUCUUGCCAGGGUUGGGCAGUAUACCGACCGCCACGAGCGGGACGCUGCCAUUGCUUCUGCCUACAACGAGUCCUUCGACCACAACCUUCAAAACGACCCCCUUGCUGCCGAUGCCGUCGUUGGAAGACAUCGAGGUGGCCAACCAGAUUCAGACACAGAUUCAGACACAGAGCCAGGGCCAAGCACUAGUGCAGCAGCAGCAGCAGCAGCAGCAGCAGCAGCAUCAACAGCAUCAACAGCAGCAGCAGCACCAGCAGCAUCAGCAGCAGCAGCAGCCGCCCGCGGGAAUCCUUAAAUACCCAAACCCCCUUCCACCCCCCAGCGUCAACUAUAUCGGAGAGCUAAUGCCACUCCCACUCCCAAUCCCACCCACCAGCACCCCCACCCCCACCACAACGAUGAGCAGCGGCAACUGUGGGACGCUCAAGAGUACCGCCAAGCUGCUGCCCCUCCAGUUGAUGGCCUCCGCCGGACCACCGCCCAACCAUCCACCAUCGAUGUCGCUGCCCCCAGCCUCAGCAGCAGCCUCGAUCCAGGCGCAGGCCCAGGCCCAAGCCCAAGCCCAGGCGCAGGCGCAACAGCAGCAACAGCAGCGUCAUCGGAGGCGCCACGGCUGGUGCGGCUGCUUUGGAUCGGGUGGCCGCAACACCAGACCAGUCGAGAAGACAACACCGCCUCCGCCGGGCUAUACCACCAAGUCGAAGAAGCGCAAGCCCAAAUCGCAGACAGUCUGGUCGGCGCUGCUCACCAAUCUGGGCAUUUGCAUGCUCCUUCUGGCCUACACAUUGUUGGGCUCCUUCAUAUUUCUAACCAUCGAGAACGAGGACUCGGCGCUGCUGCAUCAGCAGCACACACUGGCAAGCACCAAGCGUAAUCUGGCGGGGAUUGGGACUGGCAGUGCCAUAGGGAAUGGCAUUUAUCAGCAGCAGCAGCAGUCGCCACACCAGCAAAGGUCGCCGCAGAUGCACCACCAGCAGCAGCAGCAGCAGCAGAAACAGAAGUUGCAGAAACAGCAGCAGCAGGCAGGACAACGACAUCAUCGACCAGGACAACACACUGUGGACAAUGACACGGUGGCGACAGCAGUGGCUGCCGCCCAGGGAUUGCUGCCAGGACAUGGCGGUGGUACCUCCUCCUAUGGCAUGGCCCCACAGGGAGCAUCAUCGAAUGACUUUGUUUAUGGCGUGGAUGUGGCAGACGAGGCAGAAAUGCAGGAGAAUGCUGGAGGAAUGCCGCAGUUUGGACUCGGACUCGGACUGGGAAUCUCGCCGGAUACUUACGAUGUGAGGCAGCGGACCAUUGAGAAUAUCUGGGACAUAACCGUAUCGCUCAAUAUACUCUACAAGGAGAAUUGGACAAAAUUGGCAGCACUGGAAAUAGCCAAGUUUCAGGACCAAUUAAUCAAGAGACUGAACGAGGAUGUUAUGCUGCAAUUAUCACACGAGGAUAUGGCCAACGCAGGCGUCGGGGCCGGCGGCGCCUCCGGCAGCGGCAACAAUCCAGCCACGGAAGCCGUUCUACUUCACACCCACUUUUAUCAUCAUCGUGCCGCAGGCGGAGGAGUGGUUCCCGGCGGCACUGGUGGCCCUCCGCAUGAGUGGAAUUUUGCCAAAGCGUUUUUGUAUUCGCUGACCGUUUUGACCACAAUUGGCUAUGGCAACAUUGCGCCACGCACCACUCUGGGCAGGAUCGUGACUUUGGUCUACGCACUUUUCGGCAUUCCCUUGACCCUGGUAUAUUUGAGCAGCACCGGCAGCAUCCUGGCCAAGAUCGCCAGGGAGGUGUUCUCGAAGGCUCUGUGCUGCUGCCUGUGCUCGAACUGCGGCUACUGUUGCUACGACGAGAAGCGGAUGGCGGAGAAGGAGCGCCGCAUGCGGCGGAAGCGGCAGCAGGAGGAGCUGCGCAAGCAGCAGGCGGCAAUGCAGGAACCUUACUACGUGAGGGAUGUCUACCAUACUUCGCCGGAGAAGCAGGCGGAGGCAGAGGCCGCUGGGGGCGGUGCCCCGCCGGCGACGGUGGCCUCGGUGUCCAACUCCUCGGGCGGACUGUCGGGCAUUAGUGUUGGCGGUGUCGGAGGCGGCGGCGGUGGCGUUGCUGGCGGUCCCCCCACAUCCCUGCCGAACGACAUUGACUCGCUGAGUGCCAGCGAGUCGCGCGGCUCCAUGCACGGCCUGAGCAUCAUGGCCCCCAUCCUCCUCUGCUUCUCGAUGAUGAUCAUCUAUAUUGUGUUUGGUGCCGCGGUGCUGUACCGUCUGGAAAAUUGGCCCAUCGUCGAUGGCAUCUACUUCUGUUUCAUGAGCCUCUCUACCAUCGGAUUCGGAGACAUGCUGCCGGGACUGCGGCGGGAGUCGAACGCCACCACCUGGUUCUGUUCGGUGUACAUCAUGUCCGGCAUGACCCUCACGGCCAUGUGCUUCAAUGUCAUCCACGAGGAGAUUGUCCAUCGCAUUCGCAUUGUUGUCGACUUCAAGAAAACCGAUUUGGCUAACUCUAGCACCGGCUUGCCGCCAGGCGGACCUGUAAUCGUCGCUGGCGCUGGCUCCGGUGGCUCCAUGAUGGACCUGGGACCCGAUGACGCUGGCCAGUACUAUGUCCCGGCCUCCUCCUGACACUACGAGAGACGGGCGCAUCUCUAUCAGCGCAAUCCCACCGAAGAGACCCUGGUAACAGACACACCCACAUCGCUAGUGCUGAAGGACUAUGUUAAUCACGAGCUGGUACCUAUCCUGACCAUGGACCCGAACGGGGCCCCACGAUUGGCC